GGCCACCUGGAAGGUUAUUUGACUGUCUUGGUUGAGGUCCGAAGGAAAGUUUUAGCAAAAGGAGUUCUUUUAUAUUUUAGUGAUCGAUUUUCUGACUUUGUUAAUGUUUAUGAAAAAGGUGCAAUAAAAUUUCAUUUCUCUAAUUUCAGGGAACUUCGUGCAUUGGAAACCAUGGAUAAAUAUGAUGUGAUUAAGGUCAUUGGGGAAGGUGCCUUUGGGAAAGCAUACUUGGCCAAAGGGAAAUCAGAUAGCAAGCACUGUGUUAUAAAAGAGAUCAAUUUUGCAAAGAUGCCCAUCCAAGAAAAAGAAGCUUCAAAGAAAGAAGUCAUUCUUCUGGCAAAGAUGGAACAUCCUAACAUUGUAACCUUCUUCAGUUCGUUUCAAGAGAACAACAGGCUGUUUAUUGUGAUGGAGUAUUGUGAUGGAGGGGACCUAAUGAAAAGAAUCUAUAGACAACGGGGAGUGUUAUUUAGUGAAGAUCAGAUUCUGAGUUGGUUUGUGCAGAUUUCUCUAGGACUGAAACAUAUUCAUGACAGGAAGAUCUUACACCGGGACAUAAAAACACAGAACAUUUUUCUUAGCAAGAAUGGAGUCGUUGCAAAGCUUGGGGACUUUGGUAUAGCAAGAGACUUGAACAAUUCUACAGAACUUGCUCAAACUUGUAUUGGAACACCUUACUAUCUGUCUCCAGAGAUCUGUCAGAAUAAACCCUACAACAACAAAACGGAUAUUUGGUCUCUUGGCUGUGUAUUAUAUGAGCUCUGCACACUCAGGCAUCCUUUUGAAGGUAACAACUUACACCAGCUGGCUCUGAAGAUUUGUCAGGCACAUUUUGCGCCAGUGUCUCCAAGGUUUUCCUGUGACCUGCAGUCCUUGAUAUCACAGCUCUUUAAAGUAUCUCCCCAAGAUCGGCCAUCUAUUAAUUCAGUUUUGAAAAGGCCCUUUUUAGAGAAUCUAAUUGCCAAACACUUGACUCCUGAGGUCAUUCAGAAAGAAUUCAAUCCUACCCUAAUAGGCAGAACAAGAUCAUCAGUUUCUCAGUCUGCUGGGAAGAUGGUCCAAGAUUUUAAAAUACAGAAAAUGAGAUUCCAGGGGAAGUGCUUACCAAGAUCAAGAAUGUCAGUGCCAAAUAACACGAAGGAUAUAGUACAUGGAUGUGAAUGGAGACCACCAGCUGGAGCCCAGAAGCCCACAUCUAUAAAAAUGGUAGAAAGGCCCACCAAACAUGCUGGAGUGUGUGGCCAUUAUGAUUAUUUCUAUGCUCAACUUGACUUGUUAAGGAAGAGAUACCAUGAACCACAUUACCACCAUGUUUCUCAUAAAGAUACCAGAGUUAAGGAGAAUUAUAGUCAGGAAGAAAACAGCAGUCAAUCACCAGGCCAAUGGCCUGCUGAAUACCUUCAGAGGAAAUUUGAAGCUCAGCAAUAUAAGUUGAAAGUAGAAAAGCAAUUGGGUCUUCGUCCAUCUUCUGCUGAACCAAAUCACAAGAGACAAGAGCCAAGAAGUAAUGGAGAAGAGCCUAGAUUCCAGGAGUUGCUGUUCAGGAGAAACAAAAUGAAGGAACAGGAAUAUUGGAAGCAGUUAGAGGAAAUACGCCAACAGUACCACAAUGACAUGAAAGAAAUUAGAAAGAAGAUGGGGAGUGAACGAGAGGAAGACUCAACAAUAAGUCAUAAAACCUAUCUGGUGAAGAAGAGUAACCUGUCCAUCCACCAAGAGACACCGGAGGAAGAGGCACCUGUGCAGGGUAUUGAAAGAGAAUUGAAAAAAAUUCAGAACAUAAAGGAAAGUAAAAUUCCAGAACAAAAAUAUAAAGCUAAGAGAGGAGUAAAGUUUGAAAUUAAUUUAGACAAAUGUAUUUCUGAGGAAAAUAUUCUUGAAGAGGAAGAGGCCAUAGACAUACUAAAUGAAACUUUGACCUUUGAGGAUGGCAUGAAGCUUAAGGAAAAUAAAUGUAUUAAGGACCAUGAGGAUUAUACAGAUGAAGCAUUUGAAAAACUCUGCUCAGAAGCAGAGUUGUUCAUUCAGGAUGCUGCUGCUGCUGCAGAAGACAGGAAACAGUGGGAUGCUGGUGCUCCUCGGACUCUGCUGCAGAUGAUGGCAGCGGCUGAUGUCACCUCCACCUGCUCCACCAGGCCUGAGGACGGCCAAGUGAUGGUGGCCAGUGGCAUUCCAGAAAACAGGAAACGGUGGCGGCAGGAAGCUCCAGACACUUUACUGGGUCUUUUGGCAGCAGCACAUCUAACAAGUAGCUCCUUUUCUGCUAAAGAAGGAGAGUUUGUGGGAGCAUUAAAACAAUGGCUUCCUAAAGAAAAUGAAGAGAAGGUGGAAAUGGCCUCUGGCAUUGAAGAAGAUAAGGAACUACCAGAACCAAGAUCUCAUGAUGAUGAUGUUGAUGAUGAUAAUGAUGAUGAUGAUGAUGAUGAUGAUACAAAUUUUGAAGAAUCUGAAGAUGAAUUGAGAAAUGAAGUAGUAGAAUCACUGGGAAAACUCACUACUUCCAAAGAGGAGGGGAACAAAGAAGAGGUUUCCGGUUCCUCUGAGGACACUUAGGAGAAAUAUGCAGAAUUAAGUGAAGGUUUGGAAAAUAUUUCUACUCCAACUAAUGGUACCAAGGAACAUCAAUAACCAGUCAAAAUAUACAAGUGUGAUUAUUGUACUUUUUCUUAAGCAGUAAGAUAGUGUAAAUUAAUCAAUGUAUCUGGUUGAGUACAAGUCAUAAAUAUUUAUCUGUAAUAAUUAAAGUAUAAUAUGCUAAUUAGACCAGACAGCUUCUGGAUGUCCUUCUGGAUGACCUUUCAGAUGAAGCCAGGGCUGUGAGGGCUGAGGCAAGUCACCGCAGCUGCGAGGGCAGAGCCUCUUGCACGAAUUUUGUGCAUCGGGUCUCUAGUUUAUUUUAAGGCUUUCCCAGUAAUCCCAAGAAUUUACUAAUUUUUGUCUCUAAAUGUAAACAGUAGACUUUUUUGAGUGUAGAAACUAAUAUUUUUAUUUUAAAAUUUCUGUUUAGAAAUCUUGCAGAUAAUAUAUGGGGUAGGCAGAGUAAUGUGCUUACCCCCUUCCCAAAUGUGAAUAUAUUAUGUUAAAUGCAAAAGGAAAUUAAAGUUGCAGAUGGAAUUAAAGUUGCUAAUGAGCUGACCUUAAAAUAGGAAGGUUUUCUUGGGUUAUCCAGGUGUGCCCAAUCCUAUAUAAUAAAAGCCUAAUUGUCCCCGUGGGCAGUCCUUUGACCAGGAGUUUAACUGGGAGACAGAAAGUUUGGCGGCUCACUGUGAUGUGCGCUGACCACCAGGGGGCGGCGAGGAACAUGGCAGGUGUCAGCAACACAGCGCUGGCAGCAGGUGGCAGUGGAGGCGCUGCCAGCCUGAUUGGGCCCCGACAAGAGUGAGACCAAGGCGGGAUGGUGGAGCAGGUGAGCAGGUGGCGCCAGGCCAAGGCAGGUGCCAAUGGCCCUGCAGACAGUGACCAGUGGUGGUGGCAGCGGGUGGGUCUUCCAUCCGUCUCCCAGGCUCUGAGGGAGCUGAGUUGGGGACCUGGCCCCAAUCCAUUGCCCUGCAGAUGGUGACCAGCAGCUGCCAGCCCUGAUCACCUGAUGGAAACUGCGAGUGGAGGCAACCAACCUCCCACAGUGCUGGCUAUCUGAGGGUGAGGGUGACAGAGGAGGUGCGGUGAGAAUGCAGGGUGCCCACUGAACUCACUCUCAUUUUCCCUGUUACCCUCCCCUGGGAUGCCUGGGCUACUGGGGAAGCCCCCACACUCAGGUGCUGGGUGCCCACGAGGAGCUCACCCUGCACCCGUGUGGCCUCUUUCGGGUGAGCCAGGCUGCAGCCACCGGGACCUCAGGGGCUGGUUGGGCUCCCUGGGGGUUUGCACAGGAGCCGGUCUAUGCGGUCGGCUGGGAGAGAGCACGCUGCCCACCCGGCUUCCAAGUGGCACCACUGAGUGGCCCAGAGGCUC